GUUCCUGGUUUGGGGGAGACAAAUCUAAGACGGUGAGGUGGGGGAGACUGGCCAUCCCUUCCAUGUAAAUUCUGCGGCCGAGGCUUAGCUAGUGCGUAUUGCGCUCGGUAGCUAGUCGUAUCGAUCGGCCGGAAAUAGGCCCCGGAGAUGUAAUGUAAGGCCCACGCGGAGACGCACACGGACACGAACCUGGCCGCCAGCAGUAGAAAUUCCAUAUACAUCCAUCAUCAAUUGACGGUGAGGGGAUAUCCGAUCGUCAAUUGACGAGCCAUGGGGAAAUUCCGGCGACAACACGCCAAGAAAAGCAAGAGAAAAAACAAGAAGAAAUCCCCCCUCCAAAGGGAGGAUGGGGAGAACAACAGGAGAGUGGAGGACGAGCAGAUGCAGGCCGGAGGAGAGGCGGUCGUCAACGACCGCCGUGAUGAAGAAGGAGAAAAUGACAAGAAGGAGAAGAUGGUGCUGCUCCUGUGCAGGGACGGCGUGGAGCUGGUGGUGCCCAAGGAGGGGGCGAGCCGGUACGGCGGGACCAUCGAGAUGGACAUCAAGUACGACGACUACAGCAGCGCCUACGGCCGGAAUAUAAGCGUCCCCAACCGCGGCUACUCCCUCAUCAGCCUCCCCCUCGAAUCCGACGUCCUCUCCAUCGUCAUGCACUACUCCAACAAGAAGCGCCAUGACCCCGGCUGGGACGCCGCCGAGCUCGUCGGCGGCCUCGACCACCCCACCCUCUUCCGUCUCAUCCUCGGCGCUGAACACCUCGAGAACCGGGGCCUGCUCGGGGUCGCCUGCCGGGCCGUCGCCGACAUGAUUGGUGGGAAGUCGCAGCGCCAGAUCCGCGCCAUGUUCGGCAUCAGGCCACCUCCACCGGCACCCGACUCCACUCUACAACAACUACUACUAAAAAACAACACGCCGGAUGAUCACACGAUGACGACGUCGGAACUCGAGCUAGAGAAGAGGGCGCUCAGGGCCCUCCACAUCGUCCGCUGCCAGGACUUCACCGCGUACGACCCCAAGCGCCGCGCUUUCUGGCACUCGCGCUUCUGCGGUUACAACAUCGCCUUCUUCGACCUCGACAAGGAAUGUGAGUGCUACCUACUACCCCUGUAUGUACCCGUAUUAGUUACACAUGCUGACAUGCAUGCGUGGUCAUUGUAAUUGUUCACCCAUGGAUUGCUCCUCGAUAUAU